AUGGCGCUGGCCCUCAUCCUGGAGCCCCGACCCUCCCUGUCACUUCACCCCAGCCAGGGGGUGUCCACUGUCACCCUGAGCUGCCAUCUGUCCCGGCCAGCUACCUGGGUCUGGCUGUACCAGGAUGGAGGUUGGACAUAUAACAAUUACAAGGAGAAGGAGAAUAACACUGCUGAGUUCUUCGUUAAGUCAACGUGGGAACACGCAGGGAUGUAUCGGUGCCAGUACCGGGCGUUGAUGCUAUUCAGGACAUCAGAGACAUGUGACUCCCGUGGAGCUGGUGGUGACAGGACUGUUCUCACAGAGCAACAUCCCAUUUCUAUCCUCCCCCCACAUGCAGAUCACAGUUAUCCCUCUCCUGGCAUUUCCCUCGGCCCUGAUGAACUCAUGGGCACAGGGACAAAAUUGAUAGUCCACGUGGAGAUGGGGACCAAUGUCACCAUUCAGUGCUGGAACACGGGCUGUAGGGGAGCCAUCCUUCUACACAAACAUGGGCACUCAGCCCCUGUCCAGCAUCAGGACUACAAUGGUGUGGGCACGGCCACCUUCAGCCUAUUUGCGGUGACCCUGAGUGACGCUGGCAGCUAUGGAUGCUCCUAUCGCCCCAAGCCCUUCCCUUUUGUGUCCUCAGCCCUUGGGGACAGCGUGACACUGGAGGUGACACCCACAGCUGCACCCUCAGGUAGGCCAGAGCCCGCCAUGGUUGUGCUCCUAGUGUCAUCUGGUGUCACUGCAUCCCAUGGCCACGGAGAUGGUGGUCAAGGAUGGGGACACCCGAACACCCGGACCCCGCAGGCGCUGAAAGGAAUUCCUGUGGGAACCUGGUGCUGUCGGUGAUGAGGGGCUGCGCUGCUGCCUUUGUCUUCAUCCUCGGCCUCUACUUUGUCCUCAAUGCCCGCAGACUCAUGGUGUGGUGAGAUGAGAGUUCUGAUGAGGAAGUGGUUCCAUGCCUUUGAUCCCCCACAGAUGCCCUUGGUGUCCUUCUCCUCUCUGUGUGUCCCUCAGGGCCUUCCAUCACCCACCCUUCUCCCCUGCCCUCUGAAUGCAGAUUCCCCUGCAGAAAGCUUGAGGUCCUGCAGCUCCAGGUCAGGGUCUGUGUCAGAGGAUCCCAAAUCCCAUUGCGCACCUUGGGGCCACUGCGAAGCCCACCAAGGAACCCCAUUAAAAUCCCAUUGGAACUCCACGAGACCCCUCCUAUGGCUUCACCUAACUUUAUGUGUGCUCCCUACAUCCAGUCCACGUGGAACCCAAAAUCUACACCACCCUCUUGGACACGCCCACGCAUAUCUGUUCCAUAGAUUCUCCCAUGCAUCUUGUGGACAGAGCUGGUGACAUUCCCCUGUCCCCUGUGUCCCCAGGUGCUCCUUGGUGAAAGCGAGGGUCUGAACUCUGCUGAGCUGUGACCUCCGACCCACCAUGGUCCCCCACCACCUCCCAGCCUCCUGCUAUCAAUGCUGAGGUGGGCACUGGGGCACCUCACUGAUGCCUCCCCUAUCCGGGUGCCUCACUAUGGCCAGACCCCACAUUCCUCUUCAGGGCAACUUGAUGCUGAGUUCCUCUCCUCAGUCUCCAUGCCCACAAAACCCAGUAGCCCAAAUCUAAUGCCCCCAAGUCCUCACUGAAUGUACUCCAAAUGAUUUCAAUCCCAGCAAAACCUAAAUGCACCAAACUCUGCUGCCCACCCUCCGUUCUGCUUUUAGCAUCAGUUGGUAGGUGAAGAACAACUGCUUUGUGCAAAUCUGUGAAGAAAUAUAUAAACGUAAAUAUACACAUUUCUGAAUUUCUGAACCUAGAGGUGUAUUUACACCUCAAGAGGAGCAACCUGUGGCACCUACUGACGAGUUAAGGGGAAAGGCUGCAGCACGCGUGUACCUAUAUUCAACAUGGGAAAUUAAAAGAUGCAAAGCCCAGAUAAGAAGCCCAGCGAGCGCCAUUUCCUGGCACCGGAUGCAGACACCAGUGGGUUGGUCACAAAGCAAGAAGUUGCCCUGGGAUUUGUCAUUUUGGGGACAGUCUUGUGAACUUGUGAUCUAUGGAUGGGGAAAAUAGUAACGUGGAUUUCAGGCAUUCUGAGAGUGGUUUUUCCUCCUGUUGAGAAGCACGAUGGUGAGUGUUGUUUUGGGUGCUGGCUGCUCAUUGCAAGCUUGGUUUGGGGGCUUCUUGUUUCAAUGUUUUCCCCAGGAAACACCAGCAGUGUUGGUUGUGUUAUGGGCUGAUCCUGGUUUGUAGUGGGGACAGAAGGAAGGAAGGGAUGGGGAAGAAGGAAGCCAGCAAAUGUCCAGAGGUGGAAUGGAUUUGCAUCAAACAAUUAGCCCUCAUCAGGAAACCCUGAUGUGAGGAAUUGGAAGUUGAAUCUGAAAUGGUGAUAAUGCACCCUGGACCCUGGUGGGAUGAGGUCUACACAGACCCACGUGCUACCAACAUUCAUCUGCUCUACACUGGGACCACUUCACAAGGUCUGGAGUCUGUGAAGCUCCCAGCCCACGCUCGUGAGGACCUGCAGACCCUCCACCACCUCCACAAGAACACAUGGAGGGGAUGUCCUUCUUCCUGUGCCCAUCCAACCUCCAGCAGGAGCCCAGCCCACGUGUGCCUGACGCCAUCACCUCCUUCUACCAGCUCCUUCCUCACUGGGAACCAGUGCACCAGCCCUGCACGCUGUCCCCCAUAGGACGCCAAACACAGGACAUGGCUCCAAUGGAAAUGUCCCACAUGGGAUGUCACACAAGGUCCCCAACACGUCCAGCCAGCUGUCACCACGCACUUUGGGUACCACACUGUGUCCCCACUGUGCUUUCCUCUGCCAUCCCCACCGGGGACAGCAGCAGGGACCUUUGGGGACACAGUGACACCCACACAGACAUUUGUCACAUGCUAAGGACACACACGUGUGCAUUAUUUUGUACGCGGAUCAGUGUGCACACAUGGUGUCACACACACGCAGAGGCAGAGCACUAAGCAUGUAGUACACGUGUGUACAGCUCCUGUGCGUGUGCACACACAUGUCAUACACAUGAACAGAUGCAGUGGCACACGUGUUGAGGCAGACAUAUGGGUGUGCACACGUGUGCUGUGAUACGUGGAUUCCUGGUGGCCUUGGGGUGGCUGGGCACAGAUCUGAGGUCCCACAGGUCUGGUGGUUUGGUUUUGGGGUGGAUUGCAAAGAGUUUUGGUUUCCAGAGGAAUGGUGGGUUGUAUUUUGGGGCAGGACUGGGAAGGUUGGAGGGAUCCCUCAGGAAUGAGGAGUUCCUUUGGGGAGAUGGAGAAGAACUCUGGUCCCAAGGCCUGGUUAUGGGGCGGUGCUCAGUGCUGUGAGCAGCGGAAAGACGCAGCUGUGUGCAGGGAUUGGGGAACAGGGCUCAAAAGUGCUGAGAAAAUCAUCCGUUUUGGGGUUGAUGGGAGAUCCGUUUUUUGUCACCAUAAACACAGGAGCUGUGAGUUUUCGGAUGGAAUGGAGAGCGCUGCAGCCGGGCAUUGAGCUCAGAACUGUGGCCGUGUGUCUCUCCCAGACUCCGUGAGCCCUCUCUGAGCAGAGAGAUACAGCCAUCGCUCCACAUCUGCCUCAUCCAUGGCACGGCCCUUUGGGGCACGGACGUCUGUGACAAACUAUUGCCAAGGACGGAGCACAAGAGGAGGGAAAUGUUAUCAGAACUCCCUGACAGACUCCUGAGAGCUCACUAACAACUGCAGCUGCUUCCACUGAGCCAGACUGAUGGGUUUGUUUCACAAAAACAAGGGCAAGCACCUCACUAGUUUUAUGGGUUU